GUCAACUUAAAUGGGUCAAGGUAACACGUAAUAAGGAGUUAGGAGAGAGAAAGGAAUAAAAGGGAGAAACAAAGAGGAAAGUCAAAAUAUAUAUCAAAUUGCCAGCAUUUUACACUAACAAUCAUAUACCUGGGGCCCUGGUCAGGUUUUCAUGGGUUCAAGGUAUAAAUCAAAAAAGUCAGUUCCCUUCUGGUACUGCAGUCCCAUUCUUCCCAAAUCUGAUGGAUAAUACGUUAGAUAUGCAUUACUCCUUCCAUGAAAGAUCAAGAUUGCCAUUUCUGCAGUAGACACCUUGGGUAUGAGGCAAAACCCCUGACCAUUAACACUCAGAUGACAGUGGAGUACAACAGAUGUGCCAUUGUAUUAGCCACUCACCUCAGCUAUGGGUGAGGCAAUGGAUAUAAGUUGGGAUAUAGAUCUCAAUGGGAAAUGGAAGGCAGUGAAGUGAAUGGUAAACAGUACUGGGAAGGCAAAGAGGAGUUAAUAAAUGCCAAGGAAAAGAAAAAAAAAUGGAUGACAGGUGACUGAUGAAAGACUAAAGAGUAGUAAAGAUCAAGAGCAAGAGAGGAAGUGCCAAUAUUUAUGGCAAAGUAGUAGAGGAGAAUGUCUGUAAAAUGAUAGGAGUUUGGAUGAGCCCAUGAAUACUCUGUGUGCCAGAGUUAGGGGACUUUUGAAUGCAAGAGGACAGUGUUUGAGGUAACAUACUGAAUUAUGGUUCCAUUUUUCUUUGAAAAUGAGAUUGUUAUUAAUAGAGAGAUGCAAAAUUGCUUCAUGAUAAUUAGAAUGCUUAAUUCUCAUCUACAAAUUCAGAUGUUACCAGUUAGCAAAUGUCUGACUUCCUGAAAAAUGAAAUUUUAGUAUAGUGCUUUCAUUAUUGAAUUGUGAAGGUGCCCAUAACAGCAGAAGAUACCAAGAACAUCAGCCAAGGCAUCAGCCACAACAACUCAGAGAAUGUCUAAUGUCAGCAAUCCUCCAAUCCAAAACUUCCACUGAUCUGUUCACCAUGAACAGAUUGUGUUAAUCCAGGAUUUGAAACAAUUAUACUCAGUCAUGUCUGAUGUCAUAGGAUGUUUCAAAGGAUUUGCAGUACUGAAUAGCAAAGAAAAUGCAAUUAAUUUGACACUCCCAGAAAGUGCAGCAUUCACAUAUUAAGUACAAGCUGGGUAAUAGGGAACAGAAUAGUGUUACACAUUGUCUUCAUUACAACACAGAUACCUUGGAUACGCUAAGCAGAUUGCCGAAUCCAAAUAAAGCUGCAGAUGUUCCAUUGGAUCUACAAUUGACAGCAUCAAGGUGAAAGACAUUCUCAAAAUUAAUCUGCUGCAUUUUGGUCUGCAUAAUGAUGACCAAUUUCAAUCAGAAACUGCAACUGACCCAUAACUGAAAGUACUGUGGAAGGUUACCACUGAGAGUAGCCUGACAAUGAUCAGAGAAGUGCCAGACACCCUCUGAUAUUUUUGACCUUACAGAGACAAGCUCGAUAUCUCAAGAGCCUUGUAGUUUUCAAAAGAAAAACAUUUAUGCCUGAAGCUCUCUUCUGGGACAUAUUGCCGUAACUACACCCAGGGAUUAUGGGCAGAGGGUGAAAGAGACAACAAGUAGAUGAUGUGGUCUAAUGGGCAGGGAUCAACAAUGAUGUUGAGCUUUAGGAAUGACAUCUGAGACAUCAGCCACAACAGCACAGAGAAUGUCUCUGCCCCUCAAUCCUUUGGUCUAAAAACUUCACUGAUCUGUUCACCACAAAUGGAGCUAAGUUUAUCUUACUCAUUGACUAUUUCUCCAAAUUUUCAAUAGUCAGGAAAAGAACACUUGGGGAACAUCUGUGCCAGGCACACUGAGGGCCAUUUUCAAUUGAUUUGGUGCAGCUAAAGAAAUGGUUUUUGAACAAUGAGCUGCAGUAUGUAGACAGACUUCACAGGGAUAUGUGUGCCACAUGGGGUAUGAACCAUGUAAUGUUCUCAACACAUCUCCCUCCAUCAAAUGGUCUUGCCAAGCAAAUUGUUUGGACAAAUAAAUCACUUAUCCUGAAGUGUAGCACAAUGAAGUAAGAUUCUCGUAUUGCCGUGAGUAUGAUUUUUUUUUCAGCCAUUGCCUACCCAAGUUCUCCAAGAUGCAAAACACACUUCUUGAUAAGCAGGGGAGGAUGUGACUGCACGCAGGUGCAGAACUGCCUUAAUUACACGUACAACGAAAGGUCCGAGUCUCACAUUCCACAAUGGGAAAAGGGUUACCCGCAAAAAUAUCCAGUGUGUGCAGAGUCUUGCAAGACAUCAGGACAACAAGACAACAAGAAACACAUCAGCAACUUGUCUGUAAAUCAAGAACAGCCAAGAUAAAGUCCACAUCUCCAGAAGGUUGGAGUUUCAGUAUGGGCUCUGCAUAUCAGUUCCACAGCUGGCGGGUGUUUGUCGUUGUCUGCGCUCUUCCUUGUGUCUCCUCUGUUGUCGCACUCACCUUCAUGCCUGAAAGUCCUAGGUUCCUACUGGAGGUGGGGAAACAUGAUGAGGCCUGGAUGAUUCUGAAGCAAAUUCACGACACCAAUAUGAGAGCACGGGGACAACCGGAAAAAGUAUUCACUGUCAAUAGAAUCAAGACUCCAAAACUGAUUGAUGAAUUGAUAGAAAUACAGACAGACACGGGCACUUGGUAUAUGAGAUGGUUUGUUCGGAUCAAGACUGAACUGUACAGUAUUUGGAUGACUUUCAUGCGAUGUUUUGACUAUCCUGUGAAGAAAAAUACCAUUAUGCUGAUUAUAGUUUGGACAACUUUGUCAUUUGGCUACUAUGGUCUCUCUGUCUGGUUCCCUGAUGUCAUCAAACACCUUCAGGCUGACGAGUAUGCAUCCCGAGUGAAAAGGUUUUAUGGCGAAAGAGUUGUGGAUUUUGUGUUCAACUUUACUCUGGAAAACCAGAUCCACACGAACGGAGAGUACAUCAGGGACAGGUUUACUAUUAUGAAGUUUAAAGCAGUAACAUUUGAAGAUUCCCUCUUUAAGAACUGCUACUUUGAAGAUGUGACAUCAUUAAGUACAUAUUUUAGGAACUGCACAUUUAAUGAAACUUUAUUCUAUAAUACAGAUCUCGAUAAAUCUAAAUUCAUUGAUUGUCAGUUCAUCAAUACCACAUUUCUUCACAAUAAAGAAGGCUGCCAGAUUAACUUUGAUGAGGACUACAGUGCAUACUGGAUCUAUUUUGUCAACUUCCUUGGUACACUAGCAGUAUUGCCAGGCAACAUUGUAUCUGCACUCCUCAUGGACAGGAUUGGCCGCUUGACGAUGUUAGGUGGAUCCAUGGUUCUGUCUGGGAUCAGCUGUUUUUUCCUGUGGUUUGGGACCAGUGAAGCCAUGAUGAUUGGAAUGCUCUGCCUAUACAACGGUCUGACCAUUUCGGCCUGGAACUCCCUUGACGUGAUCACUGUAGAGCUUUUGCCAACUGACCGGAGAGCAACAGGAUUUGGAUUCUUGAAUGCCCUGUGUAAAGCAGCAACAGUACUUGGAAAUCUCAUUUUUGGCUCUUUGGUUGGCAUUACCAAAGCAAUCCCUAUCCUGCUGGCAUCCACUGUCCUCGUCUGCGGAGGCCUCAUGGGACUCCGACUUCCUGAUACAAGAAACCAGGUUCUCAUGUGAUUAGGUAAAACCACCUGAUGGAUUUUUAGUCGGCCAGUGGCAGUGAUCAAGUGGGAGGUUUGAAUUUUAAAGUCUGUAGUUUAAGACUGAAACAAUGAUUGUCACACACAAGUUUGUUACUUCUCCUGAAGACGCCUUCCUUUAUCCUUGUGCUUUCUGAAACUUUGAAAAUAAUGUGAUCAAUGGGGCUGCAGUCUGCACAUACACAAUUGUUCGUGUGGCUGAGGGAGCAUAAAGAAGGAAUAGUUAAUCAGUUCUGACAGAAGGUUUUUAAUCUAGUGUGUGACCAUUAUCCAGUUUUAUCCUCCCCUCUAUAAAUUCAAACCAGUGUAAAACUUUCAGUCAAAAUAAAUCAGCAAAUGCAUCAAGUCAGUAACGUUCUGAGGCAAGGCUCAAAGCAAACAAUGACAUGCCAUUAACCCUACUGAGAUGUUUGCAGGACCCAAAUGUGUAAUUAUUCCAUUUCUUUAAUAUUGACAAAAUCAGUUUGUCCCAUUUGUUAAAAAAUCUAGCUUCAAUGAACAAUGUUUGAUUUUGGUAGAAUUGGAGAAGAUUAUAUUGCAACGCAGAAAUCAAUUUCCAGCUGUAGCCCUUUUCUGUUUUUUUUUUGUAUCAUCUUAAAGCUUCACACAAACUCACCUUACAGUGAUAGUGAUGAAUUAGAUUAGUAAGGAAUGUCCCACAAAAACAGAAACUAGCCCCUCUCAUUUUCACUUCUAUCCUUUGUCAUAUUUCCAUUUCCAAAUGUGUUUAAUAACAUGCUACAAAACAGCAAACACUUCAAGAAAGUCAUUUCUUGUGUAAAGAGACUUGAAAUGUUAUAAUAGGAAAUAUUAUAUAUCAUUAAAAAUUUUAAACUGUAAAUGCACUAUAAUGUCAUUUUAACCAAGAAUGUACAGAACCAUUUAAGUAGUUGUUAUUUUUACAUUCUUUUAUAACAUUUCAUGUGAAGAGAAUAUCUUACUUACUAAAAUCAAGAAUUUUUAAAAAUCACUGGUUAAACAUCAAAACCCUAUAGAGAGUCCAUUUGUUAAUUUGAAACCUAAAUGGCCUUUGACCCCAUGUUUGCCUGCAAAAUAUGCAUUGUGCCUAUUGUAGUCUGAUCUAUAUAUAAAUAUUGUUUUCAUUUCAAUUGUAAAUGUCAGAGUUGAACAUUAAUGUUAUUAUGAUUUCAAGAUUAUCUGAAUAGUUAUUUAUAGGAAUUACUUCCAGGCUUGUUUUGAUUCUUUGCAUUUAACUGUUUUGUGUAGUUUUGCGAUGAGUUGUCAAACUCGGGCUCAGAAUUUCAUUGGAGCUGCUCCUGUUCUGCUGUAGUAAUUAGUAAUUGUGGCAGAAAGCACAGGAGCCAGACAGUAAAGCAAAGGAGAUUCCAAACCAUAGUUUAGAUUUCCCAAACAAAACCUUCCAUUCACUAUUAGUAAAAACUAUACAGCUGGUGAUUGGGUUGAACUUCCUCCUAUUAUAUCAUGUCAUGGCAUAGUUUUCCCUGCCCAACAGUUUUACCAAAAAUAGAUGUGAAGAUAAAGCAUUGUUGCUUUUCUACUAAAAUUAGCGAGUGGAGGAUAAUUUGUAACAUAAUAUUGACAGUGUCUUAAUAGACUGUACUUUUUAAACAGUCUGGGGAGGAGGUAACUUUCCUACUGUUAAUUAUUUUGCCCUUUAAUACAACAACAAACAACUUUUAGCAAAGUAAAAACAUCCCAGAGCACUAAGUUAUUAAGUAAGAACAAUAGAAGUUAAUGCAUUUUAGAACUAAUUUGCCCGAAUUUUAAUCUUUAACAAGAUAUCAAACACUAGAUCAUCUGCUCCUCAUAAACCACUUCUCUCCUUCCACCAAUUCUGUUUCUCAGUGAUGUUAACAGAAUGAAAAUAUCGGCUGCGUUAUAUUAUGGGUGGUAAAACUAAAAACACACAUUUACCUCCCCACUAAAAACACCCACUUAACUCCCCAGCCAUUAACCCAGUUCCUUUGUUAAAUCCAAAAAUGCAAGAUGAUUAUUGAUAAAUUGGUACUGUAAAUUACCAGCAGAAAUUUGGUGGUUGUAUUCUCAUUUGAAGGAUGAAUAAAAAUUCCCAAGAGGAUUAGCAACUAUGGCAAUUGAUUAACAGAAUAUCCCAGAAAUGCAGAGCUUAACCAGAUUUUUAAGUAUGCUAAUUCCUUAGCUAAAGUCUUAUAGGUAUUUUGUAGAUUAAUUUACUAUGAUGCUUCUCUUUCUAUUGAUCUCCUCUGUAACAUGUUAAGCUGUUCAGAUGCGCAUUGAGCUUGGAUCUAUUAUGGAUUUUGGGCUGGUCUACCUAUUACUUAUACUCCUAUGCAACAUUUGUUUAAGUCUGACCUCCAGUGGGCAAUAUAAAUACAGCAUCAAUUGCUUUAAAAUGAAGUGAGUUCACCUCAAGAUCAAUUUGGAGCCAUGACCAUGCAAUGUUUUGGUGAAUUCACUGUCAGGUUAACAGCCUUUGUAACAUUCCCUCCAGUUAUCAGCCAUUAGUUAUCCUUGAGGUGAUCAGGAAUUCUUUAGAAAAUAGGAAAAUUCAAGCAUAUCAAAUUUAACUUGUUGGCGUCUGUUAACCCCCAAUACACUUGUUAUAAUAUUCAGAGUCAUUUCAAACAUCCUUAAUAUUUUCUGCUUAACAUUUGUUUCUGGGAAGUCAUUCCUCUACCAUAAUGGAAUCUGGAAUAAUCCUGUUCUUUCCUGAUCAAGUUGUGUAUUCUUAAACACUGUAUACUGGAAACUUAAAGAUCAAGUUCAGCCUAAUCCUUCAAUGAACCAAAAUGUGUUAAACCUGUGUACAGCAAAAAAGUGACCCACGAGAUCACAGAACAUUCAUGGAGAUGCUUGCUGACCCUUUCAGUUCAGAUCAGGCAGCUCCUUUAAAUGUACCAUUGAAAUUCACAUUCUGAUCUCCAUGUGAAUGAUUGUCAAGAUGUUCAUUCUAAAUAUUCCAAUUAAACAAAGGGAGUUUUGUUCUUUCAUUGCCAGAUUUAAGUACUAUAGGAUAUGGAAAUGCAUAAAGAUUAACCUAAUUGGCAUUAGUUUGCAAUGUAUAAUGAUUAUCUGCUUCUAUGUAAAAAUUAGAAUUUUCUUUUGUCUGUAUCUUCCUCAUGUCUUGAUGUUUUAGGUAUGCAUAUGUGUUGUAGAUCUAGUAUAUAAUUCUAAUUGCAAUUGUUGCUCUGCAUUUGUGAAUUUACAUCUAUCUCUGCCAGGGCCAUCGCCAGAAUUUAGUAAGCCAGGGAGACAAAGCUCUUUACAAAGUCUAUAGCUUAAUACAAUAAUGCUGAAAUUUGUAGUAUACUGUUGUAUACAAGUUAAUAAAACUGUGUACAAUCUGUUCAAAUAACAAAUUCUAAAAUGUGACACAUAACAGAAGAUAAAAGCCAAUAGCUACCAAAUACCCAGUAGAACAAACUAUUCACAAAGUAUAUAUAGCUCUUUAGAUUCUUAUAAUUUAAAUCCAAUAUUAUCUUAUAGGAUAAAUGGAAAAUCCUAUAGGAGUUCUUGGUAAUGCCUAUGCAGGCUUUAUGCCAAAACUUUUGUAUGUAGAUAGAUCCAUGCAACUGUCCCUUUAGUCUUCUUAGGACAUUUUCUACAAAUGUAAUUAAAAUAGAAAAAUAAAUGUCUGUAGGCUUAGCAAGAGCUAAUUUGUGAAUCAGAAUUCCACUGUUACUGAUCGUAUGUUUGUUGUAAGUAUUUCAGCACAGUCACUUUACAUGCUUCAAAACAUAGAAAAUUGGUGCAAAAUUUCUUGUGGAGCACGAGGGCAACACUUUGUAGACAUCUGCUGAUAAGAAUGGACAGUAACUUUUGUACAUUUUGUGUCUAUAAACUAUUUAGUAGAAAAGGAAUCUAACUUAUUACAACUAUAUGCAUAGACAAAAAAGCAGACUGGAUCUUCGAUCUUCUCUGGAAAUCAUGAGAUGCAUUAAUCACCAUGUGUCAUAAAUCAUAAAGUUGUUGAUAACUGAUGAAUAGUAGAGUUCCUGUUAGUUUUGCUGUUGUAGAGUUUAGGAUUCAGAUCAAAUUUCUAAUUUCUAAGCAGACUUAUUUAUUCAGAGUGUGAUGAAGCCUGAUUAAAACUUAUGUUUGACAAUGAAAAAGGUAUCACUUCCCAUCGAAUCAAUAAAAUAUUGAUGAUAUUAACAAUACACAUAUGUAGACUUAAAGUGCAUGCCCUGUGUCUUGUAAUGUAACCUUGCUCUGGAUGACACUCUAAACCCAUUGCACCUGCUGAAUAUUUGCAUAAUAAUUAUAUAAGAGUUCAAAUUGUAAUCUGCGAUGUUUUCAAAAAUAGCCUAUAUUUUCCAAAUUCUCUAUUUCAGCUCCCACUUAUCAUUCACAACAUUGCAUUCCUGUGUAUUUAAUAUAGUGUUUAUGAUAGUACAUGAUACAUUUCACUGAUCAUUGCUGGUAAAUUGCUUGACUUAGUAAAACAGCAGAAAUACUGCAGAUGCUGAAAAUCAGAACUGAAAAAAAAAUUAAAAAUGCUGGAAGUACUUAGUAAGUCAGGCAGCCUCUUCGGAGAAGGAAACAGAGUUAACAUUUCAUCAGAAUUGAUAUUUAUUAAAUUGGUUUUAGAAUCAA